AUGCAAGCUUGGCAAUACAGCUCCAUCAAGGAGACAUUAGAAAACUCACUUACUCUCAACGAAAACGCAACUCCACCUAAUGCAUCGUCCCUCCCCAAAGACCAUGUACUCAUCGAAGUCAUAUCAGCGGGCAUCAAUCCUGUUGAAUACAAGCUGCCCGAGAUCCCCGUCUUUGGCAAAUUCAUGAUUCAGCCCAACACGACUCCAGGCUCAGACUUUUGUGGCCGAAUCCGUUCAAAAAACGGUGCUGAGGGAUUCUCCGAGGGUCAAGUUGUCUUUGGGGCCUUGAGCAUUGGGACCAAGCUCCCGCAAUUCGGUAGUCUAGGCCAGCUCCUCGUCGCUCCCUCCUCCAACAUUGCGCCGCUCCCAAUGGGCGUCGAUCCCGACGACGCAGCUGCUAUUGGCACAGCUGGGCUGACGGCGUUUCAGUCGCUUCCGAAAGAGUUGCUCAAGCCAGGUUCUAAAGUCUUUAUCAAUGGCGGAAGUGGCGGUGUUGGUUCCUUCACCAUCCAGUUCGCAAAGGCCGCCGGUGCCUAUGUGGUCGCAUCUUGUUCUACGGCAAAGGUUGAUCGUUGCAAACGCCUCGGGGCGGACGAAGUUAUCGACUACCGCAAAUUGAACGUUAUUACCGAACUUAAGAGCAAGGGGUGUGUUUUCGAUAUCGCUGUGGACAACGUUGGCAGUCCGGACGGCAUGUACGAAAGCUGCUCGCAUUUCCUCAAGUCCGAGGGAGUAUUUGUGCAGGUUGGCAUGUCGACGUCGAUGGUGAACAUGUUACGGAGAAGCUUGUUACCAGGAUUUCUCGGUGGUGGGAAGAGGAAGUUCCAAUCCGUGAGGGUAAAACCGAGUCAAGAGGAUCUGGAAGUGAUUGGCAGGUUCAUAGUGGAGGGAAAAGUGCGAGUGCUGAUUGAUGAGAAAUUUGAGUGGCGCGACGCACCAAAAGCAUAUUCGAAGCUUAGGGAAGGACGUACAACAGGCAAGAUUAUCGUUCAUGUCAACGAGACUUGA